UCCUCUUUCGUCGUUUCAUUACUCGCUGGGCUCCCUCAAAACCACUUUAAAAUCCACUCAGAGGUCAAUCAGAAUCUAAGAGGCCAGCUUCGACCCAGCCGUUGUGAUUUCGCACGCCGUUCUCCUCAGAAACGUGAACAUGUGUUCGAACGGGACUAACUCGUGCAUAUCCACUGAUCUCGAACCUUCGGGCCGGUACCUGGCGUCGGCCGUGGUCUAUGGCCUGGUCCUGGCCGUGGGUCUACCGCUCAACACGUUGUCCCUGUGGAUCCUGCUGCGCACUCACGGGGUCCGGUCACCGUGCGCCGUGCUCAUGGUGAACCUCGCGGUGUCCGACCUGCUCCUCGCGCUCUCCCUGCCGCUGCGCGUCUACUUUUACGCAACGCUCCGGUGGCCGUUUGGAGCGGCCACAUGCACCGUUGCCUUAAUGGUGUUUCGCGUGAACAUCAGAACGAGCUGUAUCUUCAUCACUUUGAUCAGCGUGGACCGGAUGAUCGCCCUCGCCUGCCCUCUGCGCUCCCGGUCUCUGAGAACCUCCGGGUGCGCGUUGAAGUCCUGCGCGGUGGUGUGGAUCCUCAUCACCAUCCUUUGCAUCCCAGAGAUUAUAAGACUCUACGGCGCCCUGGAGGGGUGUCCAAACAUACCGUGCUUUGAGAUUCAAGCGCUCUCCAAAAGCUCGCGAGUCGUCUCGCUCUCUCAGGCGAUAUUUUUAUUAGUACUCCUGCUGGUCAAUAUCGUCUCCACGGUCGUGGUCGUAAUCGUACUGAGGAACCGUCCCAGCGCCGGAGCGGCCAAGGUGAACAACAAAAUGAACGUGAUACUGAUUUUUGUAGUCAACAUGUUGGUGUUUAUUAUAUUUUUCCUGCCGUUUACUUUACAACUCUUGACGUACAGCGAGAGCAACUGCGGCGAGACUAUACUAGCGCUCGUGUGCCUGGCGAGUGUCAACUGCUGUCUGGAUCCGCUCAUCUACUACUUCUCUCUGGACUCGUUCUGGCAGGACAAGGGUACAAGACAGACGGAUGUAGGCACUUAUUCCCUCAGCAGGUCGAUGCAAAUGUCUUGACAAGCCGAGAACAG